CAUAUCAUGUUUUGACACGAGAUUGCGAUGAGAUUUUAUUCAUACCUUUAUACCUGUAGCAAAAUUUACACGGUUGGAUUAAGAUGGACAUACAUUUAAAUUAAGUGAAAUAAAAAUGAACUUACAUUGUAUAUAUCAUGUACUACAUAGAAGACGACGAGUAGUACUGAUGUUAACUUUAAGGAAAUAUUUGUACAUUGUAUUAUGUGUGAGUGUUGUGCUUAUAGUGUAUAAAGUAAUAUGCUUUAAGUAUAAAAUUACCUCGGGUUAUUCAUCUUAUGUUAAUAUGACAAACAGAAGAGGACGUAUAAUUUAUUCAAACGAAGAUGUUUACAUGGCUAUCAAGCAGAUACGGUUCAACAACUGUUUAAAUAAAUAUGCAAACGAUAUAUGUGCAGAUCUUCAAUCAUGCGAAUCAUUUUCGGAAUUAAAGACGUUGGAAGGAUGCGACAACACUAUACAGUGCAGGUCAAGGAUAAAUGAAACAAAAGCGGUGAAUUUAAAUUUAAAAAAAUGUAAAAGAAGAUUGCCAGGUGCUAUCAUAAUUGGCACUUACAAAAGCGGAACGCGUGAGCUUAUUGACUUUUUAGCAAUGAACCCUUUGGUUGUUAUCAAAAGGCAACCGAAUUAUGAAGUGGCAUAUUUUGAUAAGAACGCGGACAAAGGUUUAGACUGGUAUAGAAACGCAAUGCCAUUUAGUUGCGAGAGACAGAUUACAAUAGAGAAGUCGCCGAGUUACUUCACAAGCCUUGAGGCCCCGAGACGUAUCCACAAAAUGGACAAAAACAUUAAACUGAUUUUAAUAGUUAGGAAUCCCUCUGAUAGAACGCUUUCUCAUCUGACAUAUGAGCAUUUCAUAAUCAAAGAGCAAUUCAAAAAUGAUAUUCAUAACUGUUUAUACAAGUACACAUUUAAUAGAAGAAUUAUCAAUGAAAACUGUUUCGCUGUCAAAGACUCGUUUUACGAUAGUGCCAUGGAAAGAUUUCUGAAAUAUUUCUCAUCUGAACAAAUACAUAUAAUAGAUGCUGAUGCUUUCCUAAAGAAUCCAUGUGACAUUGUUAAAGAUGUUGAGCAUUUUCUACAAAUAGAUACUUUUAUAAACUGCGACAAUUUUUUUCGGAACAACGAUACGGGAUUUGUUUGUGCCAAAACGAACAGAACUGAUCUUGGAUUUUGUUAUGAAAAGACACGAGGAAGAGUGAAAUUGCAAUCCAAGUUUCCUGUGAUGAAAAUGGACCUUCAAAAGUUGUUUAAAUCUCAUAAUGAACGUUUUUUUAGUCUUGUUGGCAAACGCUUUGACUGGUGACAGCUGGAUAAUGAUGAUGAUUGUUGUGUUGAUGAUGAUGAUUUUUUAAUGAUGAUGAUGUUGAUAAUGAUGAUGAUGAUCUUUUUAAGAUUAGGACGUACGGCGCUGAAAGCAAUUUUACUGCAACAACGAUGAAUUAUAUUCUAAGUAUUGCUGUUGUCCUUUAUGUAUUUUGUCAGGUUAAAAUAAAAGGUUAAAGUAUU